AAAAAAUUCCCCUUCCCAGUCCGUCACGUUUCUUCUCAUCCGCUCUUCUCCUCCCUCCUCCGUUGGUUGCUUCCUCCGGACCCCAGUUCAAAAAUUCCUCCAUUGGCGCCCAAACCCCCAAGCCCUAGACACCCCCCGGGCUCGCCAGUCGCCGCCACACGGGGGUCCGCGCGCGGAACAGUGAACACAUGCGGGAUCUCGGCCCAUGGCGACAGGGCCCGAUCUGAGCUCCUCCUCCGGCGGCGGCGCCCCCGACGCUUCGCCGGCGGCCGCCGCCAAGAGGGACCGCCAUAUCGUCAGUUGGAGCGCCGAGGAGGAUGGCGUGCUUCGUGCUCAAAUCGCGCUUCAUGGCACUGAUAACUGGACCAUCAUAGCGGCGCAGUUCAAGGACAAGACGGCCAGACAGUGCAGGAGAAGAUGGUACAAUUAUUUGAACUCAGAGUGCAAGAAAGGCGGGUGGUCCAAAGAAGAGGACCUGCUAUUGUGUGAGGCUCAAAAGCUUCUUGGUAACAGAUGGACUGAAAUUGCUAAGGUUGUCUCAGGAAGAACUGAUAAUGCAGUGAAGAAUCGGUUUUCUACUCUAUGCAAAAGGCGAGUCAAGGAUGAGGAGCCAUUCCAGGAAAAUGGUGCACCAUGUUCCAACACAAAUGCAAAGAGGGUACUGACACAAACUGGAUGCCUCACACCUGGUGCAGCUGGCUCCUCACAACCUAUUAAGCAGAUGAGGUCUUGCGAUCCUGAUUUGAAGGAGAACAUAGUACCAAAUAUGAUGCUAUUUGGACGAGAAAAGAGCACACAACAAGAUGUCCGGCAACCUCUUGCAAUCAUUUCUUCGAACAAUCAAGCUAAUGUGAAUAUAGUGGAAAAAAAUAAUCUUGUUUCUAAAACCACAACAAAACAAUUAUUUGGUGCGAAACAGAACUUUUCAGGCGUGAAGUGCGAGGGUAAUUUUUUGAACAAGGAUGAUCCAAAAGUUGCUACAUUAUUGCAGCAAGCUGACUUGCUUUGCUCCCUUGCAACAAAAAUCAAAACCGAAAAUACAAGCCAAAGCAUGGAUGAAGCCUGGCAGCAACUGCAACAUCAUUUAGUGAAAAAAGAGGACAACGAAAUGUCAGAAAAUAGCAUGUCUGGAAUAGCCUCACUCCUAGAAGAGCUUGAUGAUUUAAUUGUUGACCCCUAUGAGAGUAAGGAGGAAGAUGAACAAAAGUUAAGGGAACAUAAAGGACAGAUUGACGUGCAUGAUGAGCAUUCUCAUGAUACUUCACAAAUUAGCAUGGAAGUAACAUCAGAUAUGCUCCCUGAUGAAAAGAUGGAAGAUUGCCCAGUAGAUAACUGCAAAGAAGAUAAUAGUCUCUGUAGAAACGUGCUUUCUGGAAGUAUGGAACCUUGGCCAGGUGCAGGAAUAUCAGCAUCUGAAAAUUUGAGCGAGGUUGCUGAAGAAAUCAGGCUUCAAAGUGUGGAAUCUACCUCUCCUGUUCUAAUAGAUUUUGAUGAUUUUAUUGUAGACCCUUAUGAGAGUAAAGAUGAAGAUGAACAAAAGUCAAGGGAGCAGAACGGACAGAUUGAUGUGCACGAUGAGCACUCUAAUGGUCCUUCACAAACUAACAUGGAAGUACCAUCAGAUAUGGCAUCUGACCAAAAUAUUGAAGAUUGCCCAGAAGAUGACUACAACGAAGACAAUAAUCUUUGUAGAAACGUGCCUUCUCGAAGUAUGGAACCUUGCCCAGAAAUACCAGUAUCUGAAAAACUGAGUGAGGUUGCCGAAGAUAGCUGGCUUCAAAGUAUGGAAUCUACCUUUCCCGUUCUUACAAAUUUUCAAAGUAAAGAAUGUGCAGAAAGACCAGCAUCAGAGAACCUUAGCGAGGUUGCUGAAUAUAGCAGGCUCCACCAUGGUGAAUUCACCUCGCCUGCUCGCAUAGUUCUCCUUGUCCAAGCUAAAGCAGGUGCAGAAAUUCUCGCAUCCCCAAAGUUUAGUGAGGUUGCCAAAGAUAGUGAACUUCCAUCUAUGGAAUUCAUGUCUCCUGCUCAUACAGUUCAAACAUUCCAAACGUACACAGACGACAUGCCUACUCCGAAAUUUACUGCUAGUGAGAGAAAUUUUCUGCUCUCUGUGCUGGAGUUGACCUCACCAGGGUCAAGGCCGGAUACUUCUCAGCAGCCUUCUUGCAAAAGGGCUCUUCUUAAUAACCUUUGAAAUGGGUUGCAUGGGACCCAACACCAAGCCUGUUAUGCUCCUCAGCAUAAACAAUUUGGCUGCCCUAUAUUGAUUCUUCUUCAUACUCCUGUUUGCAUAAAGUGUGCCUACCUCAGUUCCUGGUCGAGCUGUUCGUAUGAGAUCCCAAUGUUGUCUAAAGGGUCUAGUGGUUUGGUUUGGUUUGGUUUGUUGUGUAUAUAAUGCAUUGGCGGUGUUGUAGUAGAAUACAGAAAUUAAAGUGUGUGUGUUGGGGGGCGGGGAGUUAAGAAUUUACAGCUUGCAUUCAAACUAUAGAAUAAGUGCUAUUCUUUGUGUAAUUAACUCUUGUAAUUCUUUUUCCCGGUGCGAGAUAUACUGGAUUGGUGUGUAGUGUGAUGUAAUGGCUUUCUUUUUGUUGAGCUUGUUGGACUGAACCUACAUACAGUGCAUGCUUUCUAUGGUUGGGUAUGUAAUACUCUGUUGAGUUUAAA